AUGGCACCCACAAGGAAAGAGCGUAGCGAGGCUACAGUGCCCAGUGAGCUAUGGACCGCCGACGACAUUCCAGCACCACGACUACUCGACGUCCUCACACAGCUCGCGCAUUUCUUCGACCAGAUAGGCUACAAGAAAACAUUGAGUGCUCUGGCCAAGGAAGCGUCUUCGCAGAGCGAGUUGUCAUUGGAUGUUGCAGCAUGGACUGAGCAGAUAGGAGCAAAGAACGCUGUACCACUUCUGAGCCUCCACGAAGAAUGGCACGAGGGCAACGACAAGUUCCCAACACUGCAAGCACCUGCAGUCGCACACGACUCGGACGACAGCGACAGCGACGACGAUUCAGACGGUGAGAAGGAUGACGCUGAGGCUGUACUCGUCGAUGUAGAGGCAGAAGAGACCAGCGACGACGACUCGGACGAGAAGGAGUCGUCUGCUAGCGACAGCAGCGACUCGUCAUCUUCAGAGGAAGAGAAGGAGGCCCCAGCGAAGGCAGGCGCGAAGAGAAAGCGAGUCGCAUCGCCACCAUCCUCAAGCGACCAUUCGUCCGAUGCCUCGAGUUCCGACAGCGACAGCGAUUCGAGCGCUUCCAGCGAAAGCGAUGCACCGCCUGCAAAGAAAGCCCGCAAGAGCUCACCUGUGAAGGCCGCGAAAGCGAAGAAAGCAAACAAGGCAAAGUCCUCUUCGUCAGACUCUGACAGCAGUAGCGCAAGCUCCGACUCCAGCAGCAGUAGCGAGUUCGAGGAGGAGAAGCCAGCGCCACCGCCAGAGAAGAAGGAGAAGAAGGCAAAAGCUGUCAAGACUUCAUCCGCACCAAGCUCUUCAUCAUCCGCAACGCUGGAGGCCGAGUCGUCACCCGAGAAAGAGGAAGCACCCGUUAGUCACGUACAUCCUGAUCGGUUGAGACAAGUGCCAGACCAAGCGCCUAAACCUACAACCAAGAAAGAGACGGCUGCGCAGCUCAAGAAGCAGCAGAUUCCGUUCUCGCGGAUACCAGCAGAUCAGAAGGUCGAUGAGAAGUUUGCAAGCAACGAGUACGUGUCGUACGACUAUGCAGACCGUGCUCAUCGGGACUUGAUUGUCACGCGAGGAAAGGGCUUUACGAAGGAGAAGAACAAGAAGAAGAGAGGUUCAUACCGUGGCGGCACCAUCGACCUUGCUCCGAAGGGCAUCAAAUUCGAGGACUAG